AUGCUGUGGCUUAGCGCUAGCGACCGCCGCUUACACCACCUAUACCAUGAUCCGUACGCGUCGCUGAGUUGUCGCGGCAGCGGGACUACUGCGGGCGGACAAGUGCAGCUCUGGCAGUUCCUGUUGGAUGAGCUGGCGCAGGGCGCACCAGGAAUCUGCUGGGAGGGUUCUCCAACGGACGGCGAGUUCCGGCUGAGCGACCCGGACGAGGUGGCCCGCCGCUGGGGCCGGCGCAAGCAGAAGCCCUCCAUGAACUACGACAAGCUGUCGAGGGCUCUGCGCUACUACUACGACAAGAACAUCAUGAGCAAGGUUCAUGGCAAGCGCUACGCCUACAAGUUCUGCUGGCGAGGGUUGGCAGCAGCAUGCCAGGCGCAGACGCCGGACGCGCCGUGGCCGUAUCUGGCGCCGCGGCUCGACCAGGCGCCACAGACGCCACAGGCGCCAUCCGCGCCGCACGCCUCCCACGCGCAAGUGCCCCAUCUACCGCCGCACUAG